AUGAGUGAGGACAAGUGGGCACCUUUUUGCGAUGAGGAAGAAUGGGGACUUGCAGAGUGGCUUGUCAAAAGUCUGGGCCAGACCCGAACCGAUGAUUUUCUAAAGUUGCUGAUAAAGGUUGAUGAACUUCCACAUGGAGCUGCCUGGAGCUGCAAGAAGAUCAGUGUCCGGGGAAACCAAACAGACAAGAAGGGUGAACCAUUGCACAAAGAUGUCAAGCUUUGGAUGUGUGAUCCUGUGGAACUGACCUACAACGUCCAGAAACAGUUACCAAAAGGAGCGACCAUAGCACCUAUCAUUCUUGCUUCAGACAAGACAUGUUUGUCACAGUUCCGAGUACGAGCGACAGUCCUGAUUGGGUACUUGCCUGCAGGAAAACUCAAAUGCUUCACAUCAGAUACAUGCUCCCUUGCUGGUUACCAACUCUUCCACCAUUGUAUGUCCCUCCUGCUGCAACCGCUCAUUGCUGCAGGACAAAAUGGCAUUGAAAUGGUAUGUGCUGACUCAAUGAUCCACCAAGUAUACCCAAUCCUUGCAGCAUAUGUGGUGGAUUUCCCUGAACAAUGCCUGGUCACAUGUUGCAAGGAGAACCAUUGCCCAAAAUGUCUGGUCACAGUGGAUGAAAGAGGUGAUCCACUGAGUACACCAAUGCGAGACCCUCCAUUGAUAAAAGAGAUAUUGAAGAAGCGACAAGAUGGUCAGCGUCCAGCUGAAUUUGAAGACUAUGGAUUACGCACUGUCUAUCAUCCUUUUUGGGCUGAUCUUCCACACACAGACAUUUUCCUUGCCUUCACACCUGAUCUCCUACACCAACUCCACAAGGGCAUCUUCAAAGAUCACUUGGUUAAAUGGUGCCUUGAAAUCAUUGGCAAAGCUGAAAUGGAUGCAUGCUUCAAAGCAAUACCGGAUUAUCCCAGUCUUCAGUACUUCAAAAAAGGAAUCUCGACAGUGAAACAAUGGACGGGUACAGAACACAAGCAGAUGCAGCGUGUUUUUGUAGGGUUGCUUGCUGUUGACACCCUUGAUCAUCUGGAGAGCACCCUUUCGGUAUUUCAUGCCAACAAAGAAAUCUUGUGCAAACUUGAAGUUCGAGAUCAUUUCAAUAUCCCUAAAUUACACCAACUCUUGCACUAUGUCCAGUCCAUCUCAUUGUUCGGUACUACUGACAGUUUCAACACCGAGCUUCCUGAACAACUGCAUAUUGACUUUGCUAAAGAAGCUUACCAUGCUAGCAAUAAGUGUGAUUAUGGGGAACAAAUGGCUUUGUGGCUUCAACACCAGGAAGCAGUGUUUUUACGUGGUUCCUAUCUCGAAUGGCUGUCAGAUCAGUUGGUGAGCAUGGCCAAUCGCACAGACCACAAGUACAGCAAUGAUUCAGGCUCAGAUUCUGAGAUAGAAGACUUGCAAUCUGGGUCAUGCACUCACAGUGCUACUCCUGCCAAAGCAAGUCUAAUGCCUCCCAUCACUGGCCAAUGCAUUCUUGCCACUGCACAUGACACAGUCACAUUUCUUCCUGCCCUCAAAUUUUUCCUAGACAAGCAUAUGCCGCACAAUAUCAUUGUUCCCAUUAUAAUUGCUGCCCCACCGGAUCUAGCAACACCUGAAGUAUCUCCUGGUCCUCGCCGGAAGCCUGGGUCCCCUGCCAAGUUUGACAUGGUCUUGGUGUUAGAUGGUGUACAAGUUGCACAAGUCCAUGUGAUAUUCACUCUGCCUCAUCAGUUUGGGGCAUACUCCCGAGCUUUGGCUUAUGUCGAGUGGUUCACUCUGCUUAGGAUGCCAGAUACCUCCUCUGGCCUGCACCAGGUGUCAUGUUCAACUCAUCGACUGCACUGGAACGCAGUGGUGAUCCAUGUCAACAAAAUCACUCGUCCAUGUCAUCUCAUUCCAAAGAUGGGACAGUCUGUUGACUGUGGAUGGACCAGUACAAAUGUCUACAAGUUGGCAAAUGAUUUCUACUUAAAUACCUUUAUUGACCUUGAUACAUUCUGCAUGUCUGCCAUCAAUUAG